UUUUUUAAUUUUUCUCCGGCAUAAAAUUUAUAACUCUACCAGCUUAAAACUAAUCUGGUCGUUCUUGUUGGAAACCCAUCUUGGGGAUAAUCUGUAAUCUGUAUCUUUGAGCGCGGAGAUUUGUAAGUUGAGCUGCGAAAGACUGAGAAUAUCAUUGUCUUUUGAUGGAAGAGGAAACUUCUUUAUGAGCUCAUUCUAGUUAUCGAUCCAUUUGUUUUUGCCCUUUGAAGGGUUUCUCUUGGAAUUCAUCGAUUUUUAUACGAUCUGGUAAUCUUCCUCUCGACUGGGUCUCAACUGGGUUUCUUCUUCUUUUUUGCCCUAAGUGAAACCUGGUAAAUUUGAGUGAUCUUUUGGUAGGUUUUACUUGCGCUGUUUCAAGGAGAAGUUAACUAGCUGGGGUUGAAGUGGUGACUUGGGGAAGGUGAGGCACUGGAUGGUGUUUUGGAUUCGAGGAGUUUUAUGAUUAUCUGUGUUCUUUUGGGUACUUAAGCUAUGGAGGUAAUCGCUGAAGAUGGGAAAGUUGAGUCUCGGGAAGUGAGGGAAUCGAAAGGGAAGAAGAAGCAGAAGAACAACAAGGAACAAGUUGAAACCGUGGAAGAAGAGACUGGUUGUUGGAUUGCUCUGAGGAUUUUUGGUAGCUGCAUUUCUUCGAGAUCCAAAGUUGAUAGUUCGAUUAGUGGGACUAGUAUCAACUAUGCUGAAAGCAAGUCUACGGCUGAUUCAAGUAGAGACCAACCAACACCUCGAGACAUAUCUUCAACAACCACAAGUAUGAGUAAUGCAGAGAGUAAUUCAUCAACUUCCAAAGUAGAAGAGGAACUUAAAAUUUCUCCUCAUCUACGGAAAUUUUCAUUCAAUGAUCUUAAGUUGGCUACAAGGAACUUCAGACCCGAGAGUCUUCUUGGUGAGGGUGGUUUUGGUUGUGUUUUUAAGGGUUGGGUUGAAGAGAAUGGAACUGCUCCAGUUAAACCUGGCACAGGACUCACUGUUGCUGUUAAAACCCUCAACCAUGAUGGUCUUCAGGGCCACAAAGAAUGGAUGGCUGAAGUGAAUUUUCUCAGUGAUCUCAAACAUCCCAACUUGGUCAGACUUAUUGGUUACUGCAAUGAAGAUGAUCAAAGACUGCUUGUAUAUGAGUUCAUGCCUAGAGGAAGCCUGGAGAAUCAUCUUUUCCGGAGAUCUCUACCCCUUCCGUGGUCUAUUAGGAUGAAAAUUGCACUAGGUGCUGCCAAGGGUCUUGCUUUUCUUCACGAGGAAGCAAAAAGACCUGUGAUAUAUCGUGAUUUUAAAACAUCCAACAUCCUAUUAGAUGCCGAAUACAAUGCCAAGCUUUCUGAUUUUGGACUUGCAAAAGAUGGACCAGAUGGAGAUAAAACCCAUGUCUCUACUCGUGUGAUGGGAACAUAUGGCUAUGCAGCUCCAGAGUACGUUAUGACUGGACAUCUUACAUCAAGGAGUGAUGUUUACAGUUUUGGGGUGGUUCUUCUCGAAAUGUUAACUGGCAGAAGAUCCAUGGAUAAAAACCGUCCUAAUGGCGAACAUAACCUUGUGGAAUGGGCACGGCCAUACCUAGGAGAAAAAAAGAGAUUCUAUCGCUUGAUAGACCCAAGGCUUGAAGGUCAUUUCUCAAUAAAAGGUGCCCAAAAAGCAGUACAAUUAGCUGCUCAAUGCCUUAGCCGAGAUCAAAAGGUCAGACCCUUGAUGAGUGAAGUUGUUGAAGCCUUGAAGCCUCUCCCAAACCUGAAGGACAUGGCAAGUUCAUCUUAUUAUUUUCAGACAAUGCAAGCUGACCGCAUACGAUCCAGCCCAAUGGCGAGAAACGGCUACCACACAGCAGCUGGACCAGUUCCGAAGAAUGGGCAGCAACUACGCAGCUAUUCGAUCGCCAAUGGUUCUCAUGCUUCUCCAUAUCAUCAUCAGCAACCCCAUCCAUCUCCAAAACCCAAUGUCAAAGCCUGAGAAUUGGGUUGUUUGGUAAUUAAUUAGUAAUUAUCUAGUUGUGUUAACCCAUCUCAUUUUGUCAUCAAAUAGAUCUCCCCCUUCUACCUCAGUAUAGAUAGAUGUUUAUUUUGCAAAACAGCAUUUGCUGGUGGAUCAUUGGAAAUGCUAGACAGAGAUGUCUGCACUAUCAUCUUGUUAAAAUGGGAAACCUGGCAGAAAGAGUGUACGAUAGCAGAUGAAUUUUGUUCAUCGAUUUUCAAUGUCAUAUUGUUUUGGGAAAGAACAGACAAAUCUCAAUCUCUCUUCUCUUCCCUUCUUUUCUUCUUCAUUUUUCUGGGUCAAGCAUUUCCAUUCUAGAAAAGAUUACACUAACCAGCAAUAUUUGCCAGCUUACAAAGUCAAUGCCCCACAUCUCAACAUUGAUUGACAAGCUGAACUUCAAAGAAAAGAACCCUUAGAUUUACAAAGUAUUAGGCAACAGAGAGCUACCUAUAUGGACCAGAUGAUUGAUAAUGAAGACUUGAUUAGUCAAGGGGUUUGACUGCCAAAUUAUUGGAAUAAUGUUACAUUUUGAUGUUGGAAUUAUAGUGGAUGUUGAAUGGACUUUCCCAGUUUGCUUCAGUCAUUCAUUCUUGACUUGAUAGGUCAUCGUUGUCAAUAUAAAUUAACCAUUUGGUUUAUAUUUCAAGUCAUUGACGCGUGUGUUCUUCCUUACACUACAUCCACUUUCUCAGUGCAAGUAUCCAAAAUACCAACUGAUCGAGAAAGCAAAAAGUAUGCAGCUAUGGACAAAAUUCUAUCGUGGGGAAGAUUAAUUAUAAAAUAGAGGACGUAGGUGGCCGACGGUGAACCGAAAGGUCCUGAACCGUUCAGAAUCCGCCGCGUGGACGGCGGAGAAAAGAAGGAAUCAUUACAGACAACUGAAAAGACCUGAACCCAUUCCGUAAAACUCUGAUUCAGUCACAGGCUGAUGAAUUCAUGAGCGAAAAUGGGUUACCUAAUUCGCACAGUUACUCCACUAUGGCGCUUGAGUAAUUCUUUCAAUGAUGAGGAGAAGGACUCGGAGUGUGUGCGGUCUGGUCAGUGAUCUCCACUUACACAUUGCCAUUAUUUUUUGUUUUUCAGUCCCAUUUUGCCAUUUGCGACCUCAAAUUCACUCGCUUCGCUGUCGCUAAGAGCAUGUAUUUCUCAAAAAGCUAUUGGGUUUUUGCAGUGCAGGAGGAUCAAAAACGAAUUCAUGAAUAUUGGUUUGUUGGAUUUUGAUCUUGAAAUGCGCCUAUCAAGAUGAUGUUCGUUCUUCCCAGCUGCUGGUUUUUGGAAUUCUUUAGUGAGCUUGGAACAUGGCGGCAGACAUUUGAUUGUUACAAGUUCAGUGAAGUGCUUCAACCUGGCAUUUGGGGAACCUGAUACAGGACACUUCUCUUCUGUGCAGCAGGCAAUACUAAAGAGGAGAGCCAAAGCCUGUGGUUGUUGCUUCUUCAAGUGUGCAGCCAGAUGAGGUUUGAAAGAGCUGUGUUUUUCUUUCCAUAGCAAGAAAUCUUCAUGUCCUAGAUUUGAAAUUGGGUUUGAUAUUGAACAAGAUGAGCAAGUGAAGAUGCAGGAUCUGAGGUUUUUGGCAGGGCUCAGGAUCAUUCAACAGUAUUCCAUCUCCUUGAAGAAAAUCAAACACUGGAUUAGCUUAAUCAAUUAUGCAAAUCAGAUGGAGAUUUUGAAGCAUGAGUUGGAAAUUGGAGGUUGCUUUGAUUCUUUAAUCCUUCAUCCCCAUUACCUUUUAGUUUGUAGUUCAGCGAUCCAAGCACAACUAAGUUGAUAAUGCACUAAGAACCAUUCUAGAGGCCUUUCGAUCCUCCAUGGUUAGAGGGUUUCAACGUCA